CCCCCUGUCGGUUUUUUGCCUUGCGUUAAAGAAAUGGUACACUUUUAAUAGUAAUCAUAAACAAUUUUAAGUAUUACUAAUCAAAUCGCGUAGCCAAUUAUUAAUUGAUUGGCAUCUUAAUACAACCAGAAACUAAAAUUUGCCGGAAGAUAAUGAUUGGAGAGUGCGGCUCAGGUCAGGACAAGGUCAAGGUCAUCAUUUCCAUCAGACAAAGAGCAUCAGCUGAGGCGUUCCAGAUUCCGUAAAUUUUAUCACACUACUUUAGUCUCUGAUACCAUUCUUCUUGAAUAAUUAUACACAAAAGAUCUCCCCAACACUAUGCCAUCUGGGGGCAGUAGCCAACCAGUUGCCUCCACCAGUAGAUCUGCACACAGCUCCAGUAGUAGAGAAAAAGAAAGCAAAAACAAUGCACAACCUAAGUUUGGUGGCAAACCUAUGAGCACAAGUGCAAAGAGAAUACAAAAAGAGCUUGCAGAUAUAACAGUGGAUCCUCCUCCUAACUGCAGUGCUGGUCCAAAGGGCGACAACUUGUAUGAAUGGGGGGCCACAAUCCUAGGUCCAGAUGGAUCUGUAUACGAAGGAGGAGUCUUUUUCUUGGACCUUCAUUUUUCUCCAGAUUACCCUUUUAAGCCUCCAAAGGUGACGUUCCGGACUCGCAUCUAUCAUUGCAAUAUCAACAGCCAGGGUGCUAUCUGCCUGGAUAUACUGAAAGACAACUGGAGUCCUGCGCUGACGGUCUCCAAGGUGCUCCUGUCUGUGUGCUCUCUCCUAACUGACUGUAACCCUGCUGAUCCCCUGGUGGGAAGUAUUGCCCAGCAGUAUCUAACAAACAGGCCAGAACAUGAUAAGAUAGCUAAGAUGUGGACCAAGAGGUUUGCCACAUAGACACAUAACCCCAAUGGAUUCAAGUUUGUGCUCCAACCUAGCCCCAGGACCUUCGGAUUUAUUUUUUAAAAUUCUACCAUGACACGGAAGCAAAUUCUUACAAAAUGUACUCAAUACAAGUAUGUCUCUUAGAAAGGAAGGGGGGGGGGAUGGAGAAUAUGGAAAUAAGACAUAUGGUGCUCUGAAAUAUUUGAGAACAAUCUGUGGUUGGACUUUGCAACCCUAUUUACACAAGGAAGAGGCCAUUUUUAGUUGGAACAGUAUGUCUGAUAUUAGAUUGUUAUGACAUUCAGUGAUCUCUAGCUUAUUUGACUCACACAGAGGUGUAUAUUGCACAAUAUAGUUAGUUCCUUUUACUCACAGUAGUCAACCAAAGUAGUGAAGCAUUGAAAAAAUUGAACUGCAUUGAAGAAAGCAGGAGACAUCAUGAUACAAAGUGGUUGUUCAGUUGGAAUAUUAGCUUUGGGCGUCAUAUUUGUCUUAUUUCAUUAUGCUAUACAUUACCACAUGGUACUGUAUUGUCCAUGUUGUUGUGAUGUUGGGCACCACAGUGAUGGCCUCUGUCUUCUCUCCUUAAUGCCACCCAUAAUGUGGCUAUCAUAAUGUUAACAUGGAGCCAGUGUAGGUCGUUACAUGUAUUCAUUUGUACUCUCAUACUAAUCAUUUACAUUGUCUUUAUAUUGUUUGAAAACAGAUUUUUUCUUGCUUUGUGGAUAUUGUGUGCACAAAUAUAGAAAAGAAGAAAAAACACUGCAUUAUCCAUUUUGCACAACCUGUCUUUAAUUGACAGGGUUUCUGUAAAACCCUUCUGAUUUUUUUCUGAAAAAAAAAAAACUACAGCGUUGAAGGCAAGUUUUUUUUUGUUUGUUUGUUUUAGAAAUUAACUUUUUAAGAUUUUAGGUUAAAAAUUGACUGAGCAGACAUGGUAAGCAAUGCAAUGAAAUAAGAAAGAGAUGUUGGAACAGAGGGAGUGCUGACCAACAAUGGGCCUGAAGGUGUUCUUAUGAAAGAUUAUUAAAUGUCUUAUGGUACUGAUGACUUUCAGUUAAUGACAAACCGCUGUAGUUCAUUUGUGUCUUACUGGAAAUAGCAGAAUUAAGGGUCGCUUUGCUGUGAUAUUCUGGAGGUCCGUUAUGCCAGCAACUUGGAUCGGUAAAUAAAGUCGGUUACAGAUGCCUUGUUAUGGCUGGUAUUGUAGCACAGGAUAUCAGUUCACACAUUUGGGAUAUUAUUUCAGUUGUCAUGGACUCCUUGUCAUGCAUGUGACAAAUGUUAUAUUUUUGUUGUUAUAAAUAAAAUUUCUUGGUGGAAA